UCAAGUACCUGAGGUUCAGCAUUCGUGAAUAAACUGAUCUACCGGAAAUAAUCGAUGACAAAAGCAGCUUUGCAAUUUCAGCUGGCUGGGUUAUCGAACAAGUCACCCGGCUAGUUAUUACAAGUGUAUUGACUGACGUUAUACCAUACUUUGAGGACGGUGGGGAAUUUAACAUAGACCUCAACAGCUUUGAAGCCACGACAGAUUUUAAGAACUAAAGAAGUUUGUGCACUGGAAAGAGAGAGCUAGAGAAAUUGGAACAUUGAUUGAACUCCCUGCAGAAGGUCAAGACGCAAGAGCGGUCUACGAGAAAGAACAUCGGACCACUGCACUUGMUAUGGAUUUGAAAUGGAUGAUUKUAAUGCUUGAAAUUCUACUUGUAGCUCUGACAAUCUCGUCCUCAAAUGCAAAAAAACAGAAAAAAAGAACAAAUUCAAGGCCGCAUGUGCAACACGUGUCGACGAAGGAAAGCGUAAACGCAGUGACACGUAACGUUCACAAUUCAGACACGAUAACAAAUGCAAUUCCGAACAAACAAGCCAUUCCAUUUAAACCAGAUAUCAAAAAUAAACCAAAGCCAAAAAGGACAAUCAAAAGUAUAAGACGCUUGAUAAAAAAGAAAAAGCUUAUCCGAAACGUGAGGAAGAGAAAACGAGUGCUGAAAAGACUGCGGAAGCAACUCGCYAAGUUGAAGAGACAAGCGAGAUCACACUUGAAAAAAUGCAAGUCACCGAGUGACUGCGGAMGUAACGAAUGCUGCAUCAAAAAGUUUACAUUAAAAGGGAUAGGAAGAUGUCGAAAAAGACCAAAGSUGAAGCAGAGAUGUCGMCCGGCAUUACUGCCCGGACUUGACGUAGAAUGCCCCUGCAGACUUGGUCUCACGUGUGCACCGUUCAAGUUAAGUAAAAGAGGCUACUUCAAAUUUAGAUGCGAGUCCCUGAAACUUCCCGAGAUUGAAGCAGAUCCMCAAGCAAUAACCGGGCUGGGUAGAUUUAGAUAGUUCCAGUGGAGAAGUCGAUAUAUAUAUAGAGAGAGAGAGAGAUCCCCAUUCGCUUGUAAAUACUCGUUCCUUGAAGACUAUCCUCGUUGUCACGGGAACGGUUCCAUGAAAGAAAAUAAUAAUAAUAAUCCCAUAUAUGGUUAAUAAUUACAAUACGUAGAGGAUCGAUGUACUGGAAUUUGUAAUCCAGUUCCGCUAUCGUCCGUCUUAUUGAAGAURCGCCAUUUGAUUAAACUUACAAUGACGCCCAAACGCAUUCAUACAGGUUUCAUAUCAAAGAAUUGUAUGYCAUCCUGUCGGGAUCCCUGUACAUUUUAGUUUUUGGCUUCCUUUACCAAAUCUAUGGUAUAUAUGGAAACAAACUAAAUGCCUAAUUGUUCAGAAGUUAUUUCACUAUAAUAUCUGCAAGAUAAAGACGAUUUCAAGUUUCAAAUGUUAAAAAUCGCCAAAAUCAACAAGUACUUCCAAAUAAAAAAAAAAUGGCAAAUUUUCUUAAGCAAUUCAUUGAUAUGAGUCCAAUCAUUUUUAAGUCGAAUGCAUAAAUAUUAAACUUUUAUUCUAUUUGACCUCACYUUAGAGCCAACAAGAGCAAAAUGAUGAAUGCAUACAUAGCAUAACAGGUUUCUUAAAAACCGAAAGAAACAAAAAUCAAGAAAUCCUAAAUUAUUAGACUAUAAGGCCGCUUCUAUACCUGGGAAUUUUAAUUUUUAAUAACUCAAAGCUAAUUCUGAGUUUGUGUUUUAAUCGACUAUUUUAAUUGCAUUAUUUAGUGCUCCCAGAAUGAAAUCUUAUGUGGUCCGUAACAUUGUCAACUUGGCAAUAUCGUUAAAGCAGCUAUAAAAAUGUAAUAUAACAUAUUAUGGUUGGUCAAGAGUGCUUUAAAAGCGACCAGCCCUAAAAGAAGACGAUUUGCUGUUCAGCUUUUUGGUUUCUUUAAAAUGGGGCAGCGUCGAAUAAAGUUGUUCCAUCUCGAGGGACAACUAGAAAUGGUUAGGGAAUGGUUGCACAGGGCACUAUCAACUAACGAUGCGGAGAAAUAUUAAAAUGAUCUGUUGAAAGAUCGUGAACAAGUAUAGUGAAUUCACUAUGCAUUUAUAGCCAAAUAUAUAUUGGCUAACAGUAUAUUAGAACAACUAUUUAACAACCCAAGGACUAUGGCCAAAAA